CGUGGGAAGAGCGACAUGAGGACCAAGCAGGCGAACCUGCUGGUGGCCCUGGCGGCCUUCAUGCUGUUCAGCUUCUCCUGCUUCUGCAUCUCCAGGAUGAGGCAGACCAGCAGUCAAUUGAUUAACUGCAGGAACCAUGUUUUGGAAUUUAAGGAAAGCCUAAUGCGUUUAAAAAACUCAAGUGAAAACAACCGCAAGGAUCUCCUGCAAGCCCUGAGUCACAUGCAGCGUGGACCGACGCUGGGAGAGGACAUGUCAGGAGCCGCAGGUUUGCGCUGCCUUCGCCACGUCCAUGCCUCAAACUUCAUUUUAAAAAUUGUGCCAGAGAGAAGCUCGGCCGCGGGGGAAGGGGACCCGCUCCGCGACGACGGCCCCGCCGCGGCGGACAGAUUCGAGGACAUGAAGACUUUCCUCCCUCACCUGCGGAGGCUCGGGAGGCUGUACCCCAACGUCGUCCUUGGCAAAGGGAGACGAGGAGUGUCGUUCGCGCUGGGCGUGCCCACCGUCAGCCGCGGAAACCACAGCUACCUGGCGCACACGCUGACCUACCUGCUGGCCCGCAUGACGCCCGCCGAGGCCCGCGACGCCCUGCUCAUCGUCGCCGUGGCCGACAAUAACGAAGAUUAUUUACACUCCGUGGUGACAAUGAUUAAGAAGAAAUUCCGCUGGCACGUGCAGACGGGAGGCAUAGAGGUCAUUACCGUCCCUGCCUUCUUCUACCCGGAGCUGAUCCUCAGCGGUGACACAGCAACACAGUUGAAGAGGUUGUACAUGAAACAAGUCUUGGAUUUUUGUAUUUUGAUGCUGUAUGCCCAGCCCAAAGCCACGUAUUACCUGCAGCUAGAAGAUGAUAUCAUAGCUAAAAGGAUGUUCUUUAAAGAAAUGGCAAAUUAUGUGCAUAAUAUUGCUCCAGAUAAUUGGUUUUUCAUUGAGUUUACAGAGCUUGGAUUUAUAGGAAAACUGUUCCGAUCUGCGGACCUACCCAGCCUUGUGCAUUUUUUCUUAAUGUUCUACCAAGAUAAGCCCAUAGAUAUGCUCCUGGGUUACCUACUUUUGGUCAAAAUGUGUGAAAGCAUGGAAACUUUUGCCGACUGUAGGCAGCGACAGCGUGAAGUCCUUAUUCGGUACAAGCCCUCCCUCUUCCAACACGUGGGGACAUAUUCUUCAUUCCCUGGAAGAGAACAACUUCUCAAAGUAAGACUUGGCAAAUAGAACUGCAGUGCC